AGAAAACCAACCACUCUCAAUAAAGAAAACUAACUGAGCAGCUUGUUUCAAGAAAAGUUUUUUUUAACAGUUUUUAGUUUAAUAGUUUGGUUUAAAAACCUAUGUCUUAUGAGGGUUGCAUUCUAAACUAUCGGGUAAAUGUGAUAACGUUAGGAAGAAGCAGUUGCCCCUGCAUAAACAACGAGCUGUCGUAGUCCUUUAUCGAAAUUAUGAAGCAAUUUCACACUCCAGGCGCCCCAAAACUCGUGGCCUUUCACGGCAAGCCAUCUGAAGUCAGAGAACUUCAAGUUCCUGGUCGCGUGAAUCAUAGGAAUGUGCGCAUUUGCGAUCGCCACAACUACUUCAAGAACUUUGAUCCACUCCUGAAGGAAGCUGCUUUCAAGGUUAUCCGUUCCGAUGGAUACAGGAGCUCCCAGGAAAAAGUUUUGCGUCUGCUAAGUGCCUUGAAGAUAAAACCGUCCAUCUAUGCCGUGAAAUCAUUAUCAAUAGAACGCCUGAUUUGCAUCGAGCUAAACUGCGACUUCGACGUGGUCCUUUUGGCACUAGAAUCCCAGAUUUACAACGAAGUGAUCAAGUACUUCACUGAUAUGUUGGUUUAAAAGAACGUCCUUCGAUUGGAAAUCACUUCAUCACAACAAUGUUAGCAUGUGCAUUUAUUAACUAAUAAAUUAAAUAUAAUAACACAUACCAACAUUUUAAAAUAUUCAAGAAAAUAUGCCAU